AUGCCAUCUCAAGAUUCUGAUGAGACUAUUGAAAAAAAUGAUUGGAAUAAAUAUAUAGAAGCAGUUAGACAAAAUAACAUAAAUUUAGUCGAUCAAUAUAUAAAAUGUGGUGGUGAUUUAAAUUAUCCAGUGGUACCUCAAGGUGCAAUACAUUGUGCUGUAUAUUUUGAUUUUAUCGACAUCGUGAAGUUAUUACUCGAAGCUGGAAUCAAUGUUAAUCAACAAGAUGAAGAUGGUGAUACAGCGUUACAUUAUGCAAUUGGUCAAACAAAAAAUAUUGAAUGUAUUAAACUAUUAUUACAUUAUGGAGCUUGUCCACUUCUUCCAAAUAAUUCAUCAGAAAAAGCGACACCUAUAACUGUGGCUAAUCGUGCUGAUGAUAAACAAAUCCUUGACAUAUUAACAGAAAAUGUUCAACUCACCAAAAAUUUAUGUAAGGCAGCUGAAGAUGGAAAUGUUGAACUUGUUCAGAAUUUAUUAGAGACAACAGAAGUAAGUGUAAAUGGAUUAUCAGAUGAACUUUUGGCUCCAAUACAUGAAGCAUCACUUGCUGGUCAUUUAUCAGUAGUUCAAUUGUUAAUUCAAUUUAAAGCUAAUAUAAAUGCAAAGGUAGUAUCAGAAGCUGCAAAAAACAAUACACCAUUACAUUGUGCAGCAACAAACGGUCAUCUCGAUAUUAUCCAAUAUUUAAUUGAAAAUCAUGCAAUAAAUGAUACUGUCAAUUCAAGUGUACACACACCAUUACUUGGUGCAGUUAUCAUGGAAAAACAAGAUGUUGCUGAGUAUUUGAUUAAAGCAGGAAGUAACGUACAUGUACGAGAUUCUAUAGAAAAGACACCACUUCAUUGGGCAGCCUUCUAUGGAUUAAAUAGUAUUAUUUCGUUAUUACUUGAACAUGGAGCAGAUAUUAAUGCAUUGGAUCAUUUUGGACAACCUCCAUUACAUUGUGCUGUAGGAUAUCCAAUUCGUGUAGAAACUAUCAAAUUAUUAAUAGAAAAAGGUGCCAAGGUUAAUAUUAUGAAUGAUAUGGGUAUGACAAUUUUUGAUUACUGUGUUAAUAACACCCCAGAUGAAAUUGAUCUAAUUGAAUUUAUUAGAAAACGUAGCGAAUAA